UGAACUUUAGUUUGCUUGUUGUCUACAGCAACGGAUGUCAAUGUUGUCAAGAAUAUUUCAUUUUACUGCGCGUGAAAGAGCGUGAAACUUGGGACAAAAUAAGUCAAAAUUAAUCAGAGUAUUAUGUUAAAUUAAACCAGAAUUUUACAAAACGUUUGUUAUCAAUUUUUUUGCAAUUUAUAGUGUGUCAGUAAUUCUUGACGAUUUAGAAAAAUAAAAGGUUUUCUAGUUUAAAAUGGACGAAGCCAGAUAUUUAAAAAGAAAAAUUAGAUCUGGAACCUUGGACGUUCAUCCGACAGAAAAGGCUUUAGUGGUGAAUUAUGACGUCGAGGCACUUAUUUUAGGUGAAUUAGGAGAUCCUAUGCUUGGAGACAGAAAGGAAUGUCAAAAAAUUAUCCGACUGAAAAGUUUGAAUACAGACACAAAUGUAGCUUUAUUAGCGAAAGAAGUGAUUGAAAAAUGUUCCUUAAUUCAUGAAUCAAAAUUACAUGAAGUAGAGCAGCUUAUUUAUUAUCUGCAAAAUCGACGUUCGAACAACGAUGGUUACGAAGUUAAUGCACAACCACCGAGACCAACGUCGACAAAUUCAAUGAACAAUGAAAACAACAGUUCGGAACGUGCUGUUAUCAGUAAUAUUGACAGUUACAUUGAAUUACUCUAUGAAGAAAUUCCAGACAAAGUCAAGGGUUCUUCACUUAUUUUGCAAUUGGCGAGAAUACCGGAUAACUUAUUAGAACUCGCUAAAAAUGAAUCAUUAUUGAGCGCUUUGGCGAGAGUUCUGAGGGAAGACUGGAGGCGUAGUAUUGAACUCUCCACGAAUAUUAUUUAUAUAUUUUUCUGCUUCUCUACCUACACACGUUUUCAUAACAUUGUCUUGGAAUACAGAAUUGGUUCCCUCUGCAUGGACAUAAUUGAUUUCGAAUUGCAACGAUACGAUCAGUGGCGUGACGACAUGGAAAAACAUAAACGUCACUUUGAAUCAAAUACAGGACUUUUACUAUUUCCCACAAAUAACGGCAGUGACAUUGGCGAUAAAAAAAUGAAAUUUUUCGAUGAUAUUUGGAAUGCCGAUAGUCCAUUAGAAUUCGAAGUGAAUAGCAAUAGUAAAAAAUUCAAAGAAGUCGAUAUGUCCUCGCUAAAAAUUCCCGAAUGUGAAGUGAAACGUUUGAAAGAUGAACUUGAAAAGAAUCGAAAAAAAUUUAAGAGUCUCACCAAAAAACAGGAACAAUUACUCCGAGUUGCUUUCUAUUUACUGUUGAAUAUCGCCGAGAAUACGGAAGUUGAGAGGAAAAUGCGUAAGAAAAAUGUUAUUGGAAUGCUAAUAAAAACUCUGGACAGAUUUAACAGUGAUUUACUAAUUUUGGUGGUGACAUUUCUUAAAAAAUUGGCCAUUUUUCGCGAAAAUAAAGAUCUUAUGGCUGAGGAAAAUGUCAUCGAGAAAGUGCCGAAAUUGUUGCAGACAAAUAAUUCCGAUCUACUUUUGUGCACAUUAAAACUCUUAUUCAAUCUUUCGUUUGACACGAAAAUGAGAGGAAAAAUGAUCCGCGUGGGAUUAUUACCAAGAUUAAUAAAAUUCUUAACAAACGGCGAGAUAAAGAAUAAGUCAACAAUUCUUGGAUUAUUGUAUCAUGCGAGCAUGGAUGAUAAAGUUAAGGCAAUGUUUCCAAAUACUGAUUGCGUUCCAAUGCUAACAGACAUGUUAUUAACGGAUUCCGGUGACGAGCGACAUAAACCAGAAUUACUCGCGUUGUGCAUUAACUUGGCAUUGAAUAAUAAAAAUGCUCAGCUGAUGGUUGAAAAUAAUCGAUUGCAAAAAUUGAUUAAAAAGGCUUUCAGAAAUCAGGAUGCAUUAAUUAUGAAAAUGAUUAGAAACAUAUCGCAGCAUGAUUCGACUAAAGAAAAUUUUGUUGAUUUUGUUGGAGAUUUUGCAAUGGCGGUUAAUCAAUCGGACUCUCAGGAUUUUGUUCUCGAAAUUGUUGGAAUAAUGGGGAAUUUAACAUUAGAUUUGGCAUACUCACAAAUUCUUCAAACAUGCAAACUCGUUCCUUGGAUACGUAAUAAUCUCGUACCCGGAAAGGCGAAAGAUGAUUUAGUUUUAGAAAUUGUGAUAUUUUUGGGCACUUCCGCUACUGAUGAGGAUUGUGCGCAAUUAAUGUGCAAAGCAGAUAUUCUCCUGUCGCUUAUUGAAUUGCUAAAAGCAAAACAAGAGGAUGAUGAAAUAGUUCUACAGAUCAUAUACGUUUUUUACCAAAUCUCGAAACACGAUUUAACCAGAGACUAUCUAAUUCGUGAAACAGAAGCCCCAGGAUAUUUAAUAGACUUAAUGCACGACAAAAAUUCUGCGAUAAGAAAAGUUUGUGAAGUGUGUCUAGAUCUGAUAGCAAUGUACGAUAAAGAUUGGGCGUCACGUAUUAAAGUGGAAAAAUUCCGUUCUCACAAUCAACAGUGGAUUGAAAUGGUUGAAUCAAUUGUGAUUGAUCCGGCAAAUCAUAUAUUAUCGGGAGAUGACGAAGAUGAUAAUUUACCUCCAUUCCUAAGUGGUGAUCUACUGAAACACACAAUGUUGUUCCCUUCCGGAAUUUCAGCAAGCUUCAAUAUUACAGACGACGGUGAAUCGGUGACGAAAGCUUCAUCAGAGUCUUCAGAAAAUCCUAGUCGCCCAAUCAGUCGAUACAGCAGAGACAUUGACGAUUUGAACGAAUUAAUGGCACGAUCCAAGUCACGAAUUUCUCUUGGUUCAGUCAGUAUCGAUGACUUUUAUCCUCAGCAAAAUUCCAAGUCGAAGUUUACCGAAUCGGAAAGUACACACGUUUUGAUAUAAGAAAAAGUAAUUUUGUCCAUUUCACUUAAUUUGAUGUUAUUCAUUUAUGUUAUGCUUUCAUUAAGCACUGUGCCAUUAUUUUUAAUAUUACAACUUUUAUAAAAAAGAUAGUGUAACGAAUCGAAAGCGUAGAUAGAGAAGAGAAAAGCGAGAAUGUAAAACGACAAAAAUGGAAUAAUUUCUCCUAAUAUGAGACUUGUUAAUUAAUAUUUAACGAUUCGAUUUUUAUUUUUUAAAAAAAAGCAAUAACGUAAACGAAACUAAUUCUAGUCAAAAACAGCAAUGCAUUUCUCUCAGUAUUUAUUUUUGCAAUUUAGUCAAUGUUUUUUAUUUGAACUUUUUUGAAAAAAAUGUUUUCAACAUGAAAAAAAAACUAUAUGUAUUUUAAAAUAAUAUUUUGAAUCUAGACUGUAAAAUAAAUAAUUAGAAUUAUCGUAUUUAUUGGUACAAUAAAGUUAGAUUAUUUACUAUAGAAAA